AUGGCUUCUCGUACCGUACUGGUCGGCGUGGACGCGUCGGAGACGUCCGCCAAUGCCUUCAACUUUGCCUCCAAGCAGUGCCGCCCUGGCGACGUUAUGCACGUGUGCUACGCCUACGCCCCUCUCAUGGACUUUGUUGGUCCCGAAUUCUCCAAGGCCCCCACCGAGGCCCAGCAUCAAGCCUGGCGUGAGCAGGAAGAGCAACGGUUCCAGAAGUUUAUGGAGUCGCUGCCCAAGCCGGAUGGUGUGAAGGUUGAGUCUCACAUUAUGGCUGGUGAUGCUCGCCAAGUGUUGACGGACAUGGCUUCCACCAAGUCCGCCGACCAGGUCGUUGUGGGCACACACGGUCGCGGUUUCCUCGGCCGUGCCAUCAUGGGCAGCGUUUCAAGCUAUCUGACCCAUCACUCCCCGGUCCCCGUGACUGUGGUGCCCAAGGAUCAAAAGUAG